UUAGCGCGGUAUUGCACGUAAGAAAUAAGAACCGAGUGGAAAGCGAUUGCCCCGCCGCGUGCACAAGUUAUGUGAUGUCACUCGACAACAGCGGUACAGCUUCGUAUACCUGCUUGCAAAAAGGCAGUAGAGGGACGUUUACGCUGACUCAUUGCGUCGACUGCUUCACGCACGAGGUCGCUUGAAGCGGACUGAUUAUAAAAGCCACUGCUGCCCCGCCCACUCAACAGUUCGCACGAAUCUUUCAGUCCCCAAGGCGGAAGUAUGGCCAUGUUCCCAGCUGCAGCAAUUUGCGCCGUUGCUUUUGUACUAGCCUCGCUGACUGUCGCUGCCGAGGGAAGCAGGGAUUGCGUCGCCAGCGGCUACAGCUGCCUUCCGAAAGAGAGAUGUCCUGCAGACCGGCGCAAACCUGAGUACGGUGGCUGUGCUACUGUGUGCUGCAAUACUCGAAGCAGCAACGACUGCGUCCUGAAUGGUGGAGAGUGCAAUCCUAAGUCGAGAUCUUGCUACGAAGAGGCUCAGUACAGUCCAAGCUGCGGAAGUGGACAGAAGUGUUGCAUCUGGUUAAAUUGACAUUCAUUACUCAGUAUGACGUCACAGGGUGACCAAAACGAACAAUAAAUUGUAUGUACUCUUCGUCA